AUCUCACUUUCUCUCUCCAAGAGCGCCUCUCUCUCGUAUCUUUAAAACUCUCUUUUAUCUCUCUCUAAGAAACCCCUCUCUAAAACACAUAAAGUUUGUACCUUUCUCUCUCUACAACCCUUUCUUCCUUCACAUGGUUCAGACCCAGAUAGCAAUUGCCCUGAAUCAAUAGAUAGAUCAUCCAUGGCCCCAACAAGGAAGAAAAGUGUGAAUAAGCGGUUUCUGAAUGAGGUAUCGCCUGAAAAAGAAGUCAAGAGUUCAAGCAAAAAUAAACAGCAGGCGAAUGGGAAGAAGAAAUUGUCCGAUAAGUUAGGAACUCAGUGGAGCAAAGCAGAUCUUCAACGAUUUUACAAAGCAUAUCGGGACCAUGGACAGAACUGGAAGAAAGUUGCUGCUGAAGUGCGCAACAGAUCUGUGGAAAUGGUGGAGACACUUUACAAUAUGAAUCGGGCAUACUUGUCUCUUCCAGAGGGAACGGCUUCUGUAGUUGGGCUUAUAGCUAUGAUGACCGAUCACUACAGUGUCCUGGAAGCAAGUGAGAGUGAACGAGAAAGCAAUGAGGUACCUGGAGUGCUUAGGAAACUUCAGAAACGUAAGCAGCCAAAAGUGCAGCUUAGUGCAUCAAAAGAAGAUCUCCAGCAGUCUCACAUGGUUGCAUCAACUGAUGGAUGCUUAUCAUUUUUAAAAAUAGGAUAUGGCCGUCCACUUCAUUCAGUUGGGAAAAGGACACCUCGCUUCCCUGUCUCUCAUCAGCACAAGAAAGAUGAAAAUUAUGUUUCACCAAAGAAGAAGCACAGAAAGUCAGAGAUCAAUGCUGAUGAUAAUGAUGAUGAACAUGUUGCUGCACUGACAUUAACUGAGACAUUGCAGAGAGGAGACUCUGCCCAAGUGCCUCAAACACCCCAUAGAAGAACAGAACAUAUGAAAUCAUCACCUGUUCAAAGCUGGGAUAAGAUGCCAGAAUCAUCUCCAGAAAAUCUUUGUGAUGCUUCCAUAUAUGAACACUGGUCUGAAAGUGGCACAGGACGUGGGGGGCCUGAUCUUGCCUAUGUGAGGGAUGCAAGCUCCUUGGCAGAAAUGGAAGGUAUAGGUACUGUAGAAGUUCACCGAAAAGGCAAGAAGUUUUAUGGAAAGAAGGUAAGAGUUGAGAAGAUCGGAAAUAGUCAGUCUGAUGGUGGUGGAGAAGCAUGUAGUGGCACUGAAGAAGAACAGAAGGUCAGAACUUUGAAGGGAAAAGUUGAAAUUGAGAUGUCUAAUGCAAAAAUUGAUGAGACUUCUUGCCGGGGCCAAAGGAAGAGAAGCAAGAAACUUUUCUCAGAUGAUAAACAUGAUGACUUCAUCGGUCUUCAAACAUUGGCUCUUGUUUCUGCAAUGGAAUUUGAAUCAUCUGCCCAGUUGGAUGAAGAAAGAACUGCCCAAACUGAGGACGACAAGUGCAGUGUACCUGAAUCUGCAUCAACUAGUCAUCAUAGAGAAAGAACCAAACUCUCCAGGCAGAAAGAAAAGGCAAUAAGUGGAGUUGACAGGAUAACCUCAAGAAAAUCUAAGCUUGGAAGAUACCCGCCAAUUUCUACUAAACCUGUCUCUGAAGCAAAUAAACAGCCUCAGUCCAUCAGCAAUGGUACUCUGAAAAGAAAACGCGAGGCUUUGGUAUCAAAGGUUCUGGAUGAAGAGGAGAUUACACCUGUGGUUAAAGGCAGACACAGUGGUCAAAUUUCUUCUCCUUCAAAACAAUUAAAUUCAUUAGAAUUGCCAGAGGGUUCUUCUUUCAGUGGUGAUCAGAAAAAUGUACCAAAUGAUCUAGCAACUGCACAAGUUCCUGUUGCAAGCCAAGUUAUCUUACCAACCAGAAAAGGAAGCAGACGCAAGAUGGAUUUAAAGAGAGCAAUGAUCCCAAAAGUGGGGAAAUCUUCUGUAAACAUUCGGAAAAAUCAAAUUAAUAGGCAAGAUGGAGCAAUCCACCUAAAGGACAAGCUUUCUUGUAGUCUAUCAUCUCCUAUGGUUCGCAGAUGGUGUACAUUUGAAUGGUUUUACAGUGCAGUUGACUACCCUUGGUUUGCUAAAAGGGAGUUUGUGGAAUAUUUAAAUCAUGUUGGUCUUGGGCACAUUCCAAGGCUGACUCGUGUAGAAUGGGGAGUCAUAAGAAGUUCUCUUGGCAGACCUCGAAGGUUUUCUGAACGUUUUCUACAUGAAGAAAGAGAAAAACUCCAGCAGUAUAGAGAAUCCGUGAGAAAACAUUAUAUGGAGCUCCGAAUGGGUUUAAGGGAAGGACUUCCAACAGAUUUAGCAAGACCCUUAUCAGUUGGACAGCGAGUAAUUGCUAUUCAUCCCAAAACAAGAGAACUUCAUGAUGGAGGUGUACUCACUGUGGAUCAUGACCAGUGCAGGGUUCAGUUUGAUCGUGCUGAGUUAGGAGUUGAAUUUGUUAAGGAUAUAGAUUGCAUGCCUUCAAAUCCACUGGAUAACAUGCCAGAAGCUCUUAGGAGACAGAGAAUCUCUGUUCUGCCCAGGGAAUUGCUAGUGAAUGGAAAGUCAAACGCGGGAGUGUUCACUGCCAGUGAACAUCUGAGGAGUGCACUGAGUCCCAAGAAUGCUUUGGUAAAGCAGGCACAGGUCGAGGUAAACUGUGCCAUCCCGCUUGCCAAGGGAGUAUCUACUGACAUUGUUAAUGUACAAGGAGUCUGUAGGCAACCUUCUAUGGUAGCUCAGAUCCAACCAAAGGAAUCUGACAUACAAGCUCUAUCUGAACUGAAUCGCGCUCUUGAUAGAAAGGAAGCGUGGUUGAUGGAGCUUAAAAACACAAAUAAUGACAUAAUGGAAAACCCAAAAAAUGGAGAUAACUAUUUAAAAUAUUCUGAACCUUUGAAGAACUUGGCUGCAGUACUGGCAUCAUCUGCUUUACUCCAUCUGAGGCAACAUAAUACUUACCCCAUAAACAACCUGCCUGGUUGGCUGAAACCCCCAGCCAAUUCCUGUUUCUCUGGUAUGCCAAGACCUCAUACUAGUUCUUUUGUUUCUCAAGAAUCAGGAUCUGCUGUACUUGAGAUUGUCAGAGGCUCGAGAUUAAAGGCACAUAAUAUGGUAGAUGUUGCUGUCCAGGCAAUUUCAUCCAUGAAAGAAGGCGAAGAUACCUUUGUGAGAAUUGGAGAGGCUUUAGAUUCUAUGGAUAGAAGGCAUUUGGGAUCAGAAUAUAGGGUACAAAUGAUCAGGGCCCCAGAGGGGGUCAGUGGUGGUUUACGUCUUCAAAACCAGUUGAUUCUCAGCACGUCAGAGCCUCAGGUUAACAGUAAUGCAUCUAGGCCCCAAUCAAAUGAUUCUGACAAAACAGAGACAGUAAUUCCUUCAGACCUUAUAUCAUCAUGUGUGGCUGCUUUGCUCAUGAUACAGACAUGCUCCGAACGACAGUAUCCUCCAUCUGAUGUGGCUCAGAUAAUCGAUUCUGCUGUUACUAGCUUGCAACCCUGCUGUCCGCAAAAUCUGCCAAUAUAUAGAGAGAUACAAAUGUGCAUGGGAAGAAUCAAGACUCAAAUACUAGCUCUAAUACCAACAUGAAUCUGCUGUCUUCUGUUGUCCCCUGCCAUCAACCCUUGUAUAUAUGGAAUCUUGGUUUCAGCUUCAGUUCCCAGCAUCUCCAAACCCCCCCCCCCCCUCCUUUUUUUUUUAGGUAAUUGCUAAUGAGGAUUAUCAAUCAUAGAGUUAAUAAUAUCCCUACAAGGUAGAGUAGUUCUCUCUCCCCUUCAUUUAUCUAUCUAAUUCUCCCUCUAACUAGAAUGCUGUUAUCUUCAGCGAGAAAAUUUUGCUCCUUUUCUAUAUUUUUUUUUUGUAGUUUUUGUUUCAUUUGAAUAAAGGGAAGAAAUGGUUUCUAGAGAA